GACACAAACAUGUUUAGAAACUUUUUUUCAUUAUUAUUUUAUUAAAAUAUCUUCUCGAUUACGUGAUAUUGUCUUUAUAUUUUUAACGUGCACGACCGACGUUCAUCGACCAGAGACAUCCAACGCCGCCGCCGAAAUUCCGCAGUGCAGCAGACGUUUGACAUGUGCGCAUUUCCGUGUUUAGUCGUAGUUUUGGACCGGUGGGUGGAUGGGUGGUCACAUGGGCUGGCUGAACGAUGGGUGAGCGGCACAGUCGAAGAGGAGUGCGACCAAUAGAAUUGCCGUUCGCCCGGUGAUGGGAACCACCACCGUCGCCGCCACCGCCACCACAUCAAUAGCUCAUAAAAAGGCACGCAGCAGCGCCCGAUCGUCAUUUCGCGUUACUGUCUACUUGCUGUUCACUCAAUUAUUACAUCGUCUAUAGCUUCGCUUCAAACACGAUGGAGUUUGUGAAAAUUAUGAUAUUGCUGAUGGCCGUCGUUAUGCCGAUCAUACAUUCAUUACCAACCCAGACAACACCCUCGGAAUUACAAGGUGGUGAAGACAACUCAACACCAUUUUUUCUUGAAAUCGAACUGGAUCGUGGUCAGGAACAGGCAGAUAUAGAUAAUAAAAGAAAUGAUAUGGAUUUAAUAACAUUUAUCAAGAAUAAAUUGGCUUUAAGAAAAAAAAAUCUUCUUGAAAAGCUAAAGGACUACUCACUUCUAAAGGAAACAUUUCAUUUCCCAUUAGGUAUUGGAAGUCUAAAGGGAUUAUAUACAUUCCUAUUCAAUAUAGGUAAUAUCCGAGAAAGGAGAAGUUUUAGAUCAUCGGCGAAAACAACAACAACAACAACCACAGAACGUUAUGGAGAUUGGGAAAUUGAAAACCCUCCUAAUGAUGGAGACACUGCUCUUACUAUGUACAAGUGACUUUCUUAUAGAUAACAAUAUGUUGUUACA